AGGCGGCCAUAUCGUUAUAUAGUCUGGACAAUAUACUCGCCAUUAUUCGUCAAAUUUUGGCACUUUCAGGGCGACUUUGUCGUCUCUGGGCGCCUCCCUCUCGUGUUUUUUUGCAUACGACCAUAGAAUCGAGUGCAGUGCAACUCGAUCAUAUAUCACCGGGUAGUUUCUACAACCCGGAAGUGGAUUUUUAUAUCAACAUACGUGUUACAGUUUGAAUACGGACAGGACACAACGUUUUCUGGCUUUGUUGAACAGGUGGUGAGUUUAUAGUGGCACGGAUUGUCUGUGUCUGCGGAAACAUCUCUUUACGUUCCUGUAGAACUCAUCAUUAAGUGUUCGUUGAAUCAUAAUCAGUAUAGGGUUCGGAAUUUUGUCGUCUUCCAAGUUACAGGGGGUCGCAUUUUUGAUUAUCUAUGAGGAUCUUGCCUACACAACACAUUGAAAUUUUGUGUUAUGGCGACCCUCGCAAUUGAGGAAAAUUAUUACAGACUCAACUUUUGUACAGUGUACAGUAAAAUAUCAAACAACGAGCUUUAGCCUCUUGAAAACCUGAACCUCCGACAUCGUCAAUGAACUAUGAUGAACGACAACAAAUCAAAGAAAACCGGCAUCACGAUCAACGGUGACGCUACGUCAGAGGAGGCUGCCAUCUGUUCAACAAACAGCGGCAGUGACACCAACACCAGUAGCGGAAGUACAACACCAGCAACAACACCCACUGAUGGUCUACCACCAGCCUUAAAAAGUUUUGGAUCUAGCGGUAGAGGUAAAGCUAAGCGUGUAAGUAUCAAGCUUGAAAGCGAGACAGAAGUAAAUGACACUGUUGCUAAUGAAAGUUCCACAGCUUGCAGUGUUGUUGAAGUAGUCCCUAAUGCGAAGAAACAUGGGAGUUCUGAUGACGAGGGGGUAAAAAAUGGUGCUAAGCAUAACAGAGAGGAUUCAAGCAAAGUGUCUUCCCCAGAGAAUGAGAAAGCUGAUAAAACAUUUGGGAAAGGAGAACAUGCAAGUUCACCACAUCCCAACAUUGACAGUCCCCAAACUGAAAAACCACCACAGAAUGAAAAAGAACUAGACAUUCAAAGAAGGUUGGAAGGAGAUGAUAAAACAGAAAGUGAAGAAAGGGAAGAGCAAGCUGUAGAUUCCUCAAGUGAUGGAAGGUUUAUGAGGUUUGAUGUAGAAGUUGGCAGAGGGUCAUUCAAGACUGUUUACAAAGGUCUUGACACUGAAACUGGAGUGGCUGUUGCUUGGUGUGAAUUACAGGAUAAGAGGUUAAGUAGGUCUGAAAGGCAGAAAUUCAAGGAAGAAGCAGAAAUGCUAAAGGGGCUGAACCAUCCAAAUAUAGUAAGAUUUUUUGAUUGUUGGGAGUCUGUUCCACCACCAUCAGGCAGAGGACGCAAAUAUAUUGUGCUUGUUACAGAACUCAUGACCUCAGGAACACUUAAAACAUACUUGAAGCGUUUUAAGGUAGUGAAAACCAAAAUGUUAAGAAGUUGGUGCCGGCAGAUCCUCAAAGGACUUAAUUUUCUUCACACACGCCAACCGCCUGUCAUCCACCGUGACUUAAAGUGUGAUAAUAUUUUCAUCACUGGAACGUCAGGAUCUGUGAAAAUUGGUGACUUGGGUUUAGCAACGUUGAAGAAAACCUCCUUUGCAAAAAGUGUCAUAGGUACCCCGGAAUUCAUGGCACCAGAAAUGUAUGAAGAACAUUAUGAUGAAUCAGUUGAUAUUUAUGCUUUUGGUAUGUGUAUGCUGGAAAUGGCAACAUCUGAGUAUCCAUAUGCUGAGUGUCAGAAUCCUGGACAGAUCUACAGAAGAGUUACAAGUGGGGUAAGGCCUUUAAGUUUUGACAAGGUUACUAAUCCAGAGAUUAAAGAUAUUAUUGAUGGAUGCAGUCGACCAGACUGUACUGAAAGGCUUACAGCAAAAGAACUUCUUACCUUGGAAUUUUUUGAAGAAGAUACAGGUUUUAAAGUUGAAUUAAUGGGAGAUAUUGAAGAUGAUGGCACCAUACAACUGAGGUUAAGAGUUGAUGAUCCGAAAAAAAGGAAAGAUAAACAUAAAGACAAUGAAGCUUUGCAGUUUGGUUUUGAUCUACAGAAGGAUGACCCAGAUCAAGUGGCUGCUGAAAUGGUGAAGUCUGGAUUCUUGAAUGAAUUGGACCAGAAAACAGUUGCGAAGUGCAUAAGAGAUCGCAUUACUACAGCUAAAAGGAUUAAAGAAAGAAAAAAAGAAAAACUAGAAAGGUUGGAAAAACAAAAACAUGAAAAUGAACAAAAUGUGCAACAGCAGAAUGUUCCACGUGUUGACAGUGAUGGUACACUUGACUCUGGCAUAGGAUCUGAUGCUUCCAGUAUGCAUAUUUCACAGCCAUCAGUUCAGGGACAAUACCAACAGUCUCCCCAUUUAUCGCAACAGUUUGCUGCUAACCAGUACCCUGGCCAACAAGGACAAUUUUUACCUAAUCCUGCUGGCUUCCAGCAAGGAGGCUAUCCUGCAAACUCCCUUCAAUUUUCCUAUCAGCAGCUUGCGUACAAUCAAGGACAGCAAUAUCAACAGACUUCCCAACAGCCGUAUUCACAGGAUCAGUUCCAACAGUACCCAGGUUCGUAUGGUCAAACACAGUCAUUCCAAUCGUCUGGCCAGUACCCACAGCAAUUCCAGCACUUGCCACAGCAACAGUAUCAGCAGCAGCAAUUUCCGCAACAGUUCCAACAGCAGUUUCCACCUCCACAGCAACAAUACAUUGUGCCAGGACAGCAACAACAACAGUUCUUACAGCAAUCACAGCAACAAUACCAAACUGCUCCAGCUGCUCUUCAACCAUCCCCAGGUACCCUCCAGCCACCAUCACAGCUCCAAACUCAGCCUACACAGUUUUCUCAGCAGCAAAAUCUACCUUCCCAAGAAAGCCAGACAAGUAUUCCACAAUCCCAAUUGCAACAACCACAAGACUGCCAAAUGAAGACUUUAGUUCAGACAGAGAGAAAAGAUAUUUCUCCCCCUGAAGGACACAGUGGUCCAGGCACUCCUCAGACUGAAGGUGCUAAAGAAGGUCAUGGCAGCCAAGAGGGACUUCCUGCCAACCUUGCUGUUGACAAAGCCAGGAAAAAAGAUACCAAAGAAAAGACUGAGAAAGAAAAGGUGAAGAAGACUAAGGGUAUAAAAAGAAAAAAUCCAUCACUGUCUAUUGUACAAGUGGAAAAAGAUGGCAUCGUAGAAUGUGCUUUGGAAACGCAUAACGGACAGACUGUCACUUUUAAAUUUGCUGUUGAAGAUGAUGUGGAAGUUAUUGUUGAAAAUUUGGUUGAUAGUAAACACUUGACAGAGCAGCAUACUGAAUUAUUUGUUGAACAAAUCAAGGAAGUUGUACAGAAGGCAAGAGAUAUGGGUCCAACACCUGCAGAUGAGAUUCCUCGUUCAAGUCCAAAACAACAGAGAAGAACGUCUACCCAAGUGUCUGUAGAUGAGAGUCAACUUGUGGCUCAAAAUGGCCAGCAUUCAGAUGCAACUCCUGAGGGGAGUGUUCCUACCACACCAACAGUCAAAGAAGGUGCUGCCUUUGAUAGGUCUCCUCUCAAAACUCUAAAAGGUGCUAAUAUCCCAGCCAAUGCGCAAGCAAAUGUUGGUAGUCAACAGUCAUCUGUUCCACCUGCUAAUGUUGACAAGACAAGUCCUCUAGAUGAUGAUUCUAAUAUGGUUGCCUUGAAUGCUGCUACAACUCAAAGCCUUCCUCAGAAUGCUGCCAGUGUCUCUGUUCAAAAUAUGUUGGGUAAAAGUACAUCUGCUGAUGUCCAACAGGAUCAGAUCUCGCCAACCUCAUCAUCUGCAACAAUUGCAUCACCAAAACCAGCAAUUAGUACGUCGCAACCUGCGAAUGAAGUGAAAACAAAACAAGGUCUUGGUCCUGGAAGAUCAGUCUCUUCUCCCGCUGUUGCGCAUCACAAUCAAUCAUCAGUGGAUGUUGCCACACCUUCAAUGCCUUCUGUCCCACUUAGUCAGAUAAGUGCAAAUCAAACAUUGCCAGCAAACCAACAGGUUCCUGCAAAUCAGCAGGCCAUGGCUGCCACUGCUGCACAACAGCAAAAUGUGCCAGCAAACCAACAAAAUAAAUUGCAGCAGCCAUCACAAGACAUUCCUGCCAAUCAGCAAGCCAGACUCCAGAAUCAACAAACCAGCACCCAAUCUAACCUGCCAGGCUUGCCUCUACAAACUGGUAUGCAGCCACCUGGAAGUCUGAAAGGGGUGUCACCUGUAGGAGUUCUUCCAGCACAAGUCAUGCAGAUGCCACCUGGAAUGCAAGCACCACCACAAGGACAAGGGGUGCAAGCCCCACCACUGCAAGGAAUGCAAGCUCCAUCGCUGCAAGGAAUGCCGGCUCCUCCACCACAAGGAAUGCAGGCCCCAGCACCGCAAGGAAUGCAGGCCCCAGCACCGCAAGGAAUGCAGGCCCCAGCACCGCAAGGAAUGCAGGCCCCGCCAUCGCAAGGAAUGAAACGUCAUCAAUAUCAAGUGAUGAAGGCAUAA